UAGAACAUGUUAGACAGCCAAAAGGUCCUCCAUCAUUAUUGCAAUCAGAAGAAGAUUUCAAAAAUUAUUACAUAACCAAAUACUUAAAAGAUAUGAGCAUAUUUAGUCAAAAAGAAUUAGACACAGACUAUUCUAUAAAACCUUUUCAAAGACUUUAUCCUCAACAAAACCAAUCUAUGAGAAUAGAUAGAAUAGAAUCGAAAAUAGAUGAAAUCAGUCAAAUGAUAUCUCAAUUCGAAAGGAUGAUGGUCGAUAAUCAAUCCAAAAAACCUGUAGCUAAAUCAAAUUUAACAUAUUGA